AUGGAUAAGGACGAGGCGGGAAUGUAUGAGGAGGAAACGGAUCUGGUGGAGGACGUCCCCACUCUACAGCAGGGGCUCACGGAUGCGCAGAGGGAACUGAUCAAAGACCUGUACAAGAAGUUUGAUAUGGACAAAUCCGGGGCGCUGUCUUCUAGGGAGCUCCGGAAAGCACUGCAGGUGCUUGGCCUCAACCCAACCGUGCAAUCUCCACGUACCGUGUGCGUGAAGUUCAACCUAGCUUCAUGUGUUAUUUCAGGGCAGGUGACAUACGAGCAGUUUGAGCUGAUCCUGAAGGGUGAGCUGCUCAGUCAGAUAAACCCGGAGUAUGACCUCAUCGAGGCUUUCAGGUUGUUUGACAAGGACAGUAGCGGACGCUGGACCGCGAGGAAUUGUCCCGGUGCCUUCAAAAGCAUGGGCGAGCAGAUGACGGACGACGAGGUCGGGGAACUCUUCGAUAUGCUCGACACCGACAGAAACGGAACGCUCAGCAUCAUGGGUUUUGGCUGUUGGCAUGACGAUCUUAUGGACCGAAAUACAUACAAACAUUCAUAG